GGGGACGUCCCCAACUAAGAGACCACCUGUCCUCCGAGCAGGAGUCAACACAGUCACCACCUUGGUGGAGAACAAGAAGGCUCAGCUGGUGGUGAUUGCCCAUGAUGUAGGCCCCAUUGAGCUGGUGGUUUUCCUGCCUGCUCUGUGUCGAAAGAUGGGGGUGCCCAGCAGCAUCAGCAAGGGAAAGGCCAGGCUGGGGCACCUGGUCCACUGGAAGACAUACACUGCUGUUGCCUUCACACAGGUUAACUCGGAAGAUGAGGGUGCUCUGGCUAAGCUGGUGGAAGCUAUUCGGACCAAUUAUAAUGACAGAUAUGACAAGAUCCACCGCCACUGGGGAGGCAACGUCCUGGGUUCUAAGUCUGUGGCUCGCAUUGCCAAGCUGGAAAAGGCAAAGGCUGAAGAACCAGCCACUAAAUAG